CUCGGCCGCCGAAUGAUGUGACAGAAUUAGGCGUGAUCAUCGUUUGCAAAAUAAUUUAAACAUGGGCAUUGUUCCAAGUUACCAAAAGCUGGUUCAUUUCAUUCCUUCCCCGAUACAAGGCUGCAUAUACCAGAAUUACUCGCGUCUGUUUUGCAUAAAACCAUCGAAAACACUCGAAAACAUUGUCUCGUCUGCAAUCCUUCAAGUUCAAUGGACUUCUUUUACAGAGCCCACGAUGCGUUCACAUUUGGCAUCUUCCAGAACCUCACAUACCACCUCUCGAUACCACUUUGUGUCUCCUCAUAUCUACUCCUGACGGCAGUCAGCACGAUCUUUGAUACCGAAAACACCAUCAAGAAGCUUGGGUUCUCGGAGCCUACCGCAUCAUCAAAGGAAGCGCAGACAGUGGCAACAUACGCGUCUGCCCGCACUAUCGCAUUUAGUUGCGUUAUAUGUACAUUUCUCAUGCAAGGGAAACUCGAGAGCGUGGACACCAUGCUCGUUAUCUGGGGAACUUGCGUCGGGUUGGUUGAUGCGUUGGUGCAGUUCAGAGAGGGGAAGAGUAUUGGGGUAAUUCAUAGGCUUAUCAUAGGAGGAUUAUACAUUGCUUGGGGUUUGGAUGGAAGGACUGCUAAGGGAAGAGGACUGAACUCGAAGUUUUAAACGCUGUACGAGUUCGGUUAUGGUAUGUCUACGAAAUCAUGAACCGUAAUUAGUAUGUUUGGUGUGGCGGGAGUGCUACUAAUGGUGUUGAGGGUACGGAGUACUUUAUGGU